CAGGCCCGCGUCCAGGGCAGCCAUGGCCUCCCCCAGCUCCAGGGACCCCAGCCCUGCAGGCCCCGCCGCGCCCCCCGAGCCCGCCUUUCCUGACAUCUACGGCGGCGACGCGCAGCUGUGGGAGGCGCAUUUCCGCGGCAUCGGGCGCGCCUACCGCGCGCUGGGCAAGGACGACGACUUCGCCAUCCGCGUGCUGACCGAGGACUUCACGCUGCCCUUCCCCUUCGCCUGGCCGCCCGGGCCCGACCCCGCGCGCGGCCCGCUCUUCUACGACCCGCACGACCGCGCGGGCUUCGACUUCCUGCUGCGGGGCCCGGGCGCCGCGCCCCCCGCGCUGCUGCGGCCCCUGCACGCCACGGCGCAGGCGGCCGUGCGCAAGCGGCGCCUGGAGCGCCUGGCGCGGAGCUACGCGCGCGCCGGCCCCGGGCCCGGCCUCCUGCUGCUGCCCCCUGGCCCGCCCACCCGCGCCGCGCCUGCAGAAUAA